UUCUUCGGCACUCCUACAGAUUUACAACACAUAGAUAACAAUCCAAAUCACACAACAUACAACGAAACUGAGAUUGAAAACGAGAAACGUUUGGUAUUAAAUUAAACAAAAUCUGAUCAAAAAGAAAACGUAUCCACGAGAUCAAGAACAUACAUGAGCAGAGAAGAUGUAUAUAUGAAAUACCCAUUAUCACCCGACGAUGCCUCAUGUAGAGUGAUAUAAUGAAGAAGUGAGAAUGGUGAAAAAUAAACCACAUAGUUCUCAGAAAGAGGCUUGAGCUUUGAUCUCAGAGAUCCUUUUCCAACAAAGAUAUACUUUUUAUAUAUAUAAAUAAAUCUACCUUUUAUAAAAAUCAAAGAAAACUAAAAUGAUUAAAAAUAUACAGAAUAAGUUUUUUUUUUUUUUUUGUCGAUGGUUAAUUAUGCUAUUACAAACUAUGAGAAAUAUUACAAGACGAUUCUAUAGCCGACAAUUCUAACUGCUUUAUGAGGAUUCACGCCUGACUGCAUCAUCCUGAGCCGUCCUAUGAGAUCCAUGUCUGACGGUACUCUUUGCGCCACGCCGAAGAUCUCCUAUAUGUUUUUCUUCAUAAAUCUUCAUAAUUCGUCUUUUGCUGGGAUUCGAAACCCAGACCUCCUAGUGUAAAAGCAUUAAUGAAUUCUUAGUACGGGCACAACACCUAGUACUUUUUAUAUAUAAAAAUAAAUCUACCUUUUAUUUUCUUUCCAUUUAACAGCAGAAAAAUACCAAAACGUAAUGUAGUAGAUUAGAUUAAGGGAAUAUUAUGUUUUAAGUUAGAAACUUAGAAUAAGUGUUCUAAAAUACGGUCUAGGUGCCCGCCUAUGCAGCGUUUAGGCGCUAUACGGUAGUCAACUGUACUGUUUUUAUGUUAUACAAUGUUUUAUGCAGAUUUAUAUUAUUCGGACGAAUAAUAGCGUUUAAGCGGACAUUAUGCGGUCUACGCAGACGCCUUGGCGGAUUUUAAGCAUUAAUAUUUUAAAAAAUAAACUAUUAAUAUUAUUAUUAUAUUUUCAAAAUGUUAUUAUUUAUAUUACUUUUACUUAUUUUAAGUAUUUAUAUGAUUGUAGAUAUUAGUAUAAUUGUUGCAAAAUCAUUUUAAAUUUAUCAUCUUUGUAAAUUUAAAAUGGCUUUAAUUUUUAUAAUUUAAAACUAUUUAUAUAUGUUAAACUGUAUACUUAUACAUAAAAUUGGAUUUAAAAUAUGUUUAUGUUAAGUUUUUUUCAAAAAUAAUGCAUAUUUAUUAAUCUUAUAAUUAUAUUUCGUGUAAAAGUAUAUAUCUGUAUAGACCCUGUUUAGGCGUCCGCCUAUAUGGCUAGGCGCUAUACAGUCAUCUAACGCGUGAUGAACGCCUAGCGCGUUCUAAGUUAGAAUAAAAAAUAUUAAUAUUUAAACUAAAGAGUAGUGGUAUGCCUGUAAAUAUAUUCAAAAAACAAAGGGUACCUAUAAAAGUGUACUUCAAUUUUAAUAGUAUAGAUAAAUCAUAGUUUAAAUGAAAGAUUUUUUAAAAUAAAAUAGUAUCAUUUAUAAAUUUAAUAUAAUUUUUAUAUUAAAUUCAUAUAGUACUUUUUAUUUUAAUAUAAUAUAUACUAUAAUUAGAAAGUUUAUGAAAAUAGCACACAAAUUUUGUUAUUACAAUAAAAUAUCAACUAACAUUAAUUUGUAAUAAUAUUACACUACUAAUUAAUAAAUUAAUUAUUUUAUUAUUUUAUAAAAAAUAUUUAAAAAUUUUAACAAGAUUUUUUAGAUUUUUUUGUCAACAAAAUUUUUAUAAUUAAAAAAAUAGGACAAUUUUAUAGGUGAAGUUGUUAUAUGUGACAACUAUAUAAGAUUUGAUAUCUUAAUGAUGCCAAAAUGUUAAUUAGAAAUAAAUGAAAUAUAAUUUUUUAUUUUAUAAAAAAUUAUUCAAAAAAUUUAAUAAUAUUUUGUUAGAUAUUUUUUAUCAGCAGAUUUUUAUAAUUAAAAAUAUUAGACAACUUUAUAGGUGAAUUUGUUAUAUGUGUCAAUUAUAUAAGAUAUGAUAUCUUAAUGAUUCCAAUAUGUUAAUUAGAAAUAAAUGAAAUAUGAUUUUUUUUAGGAAAGUUCAUUUUUAAAAAAUCACACAUGGAGAGAAAUUGUGACUUAUAUUUUAAUAUAGUAGAUAAGAAAUGAAGAGAUGCAUAUUUUAGUUUAAAAUGGAAAGAAAUCAACUGAGAAAGGUAACAAACUAUUAUUUACAAACUAAUAACAAAAUAAAUAAUGAAUAUCAACAGAUUUUUUUAACAAAAAUAUCAACAAAGUUGUCAGAUUUUUGCAUGCAAUUGUUGUGUAUAUAAUCCAUUUUUUACAGGUAUUGUGUAUAUGCAUGCUAUGCUAUUUCAGCAAAUUAACGAAUAUAGUCAGUUGAUAUUUACAAGAUUUGCAGGUCUCCUUAAUAUCAAAGAUUAAAAGUCACAACAAAAAGCAAUGUCUCUCGUUAAUCAAAUAGUUGGCGAAGGAGCAGUGGCGGAUUUAUGUGUGUGGAAAAACAAGAUAAAAUCAGGCAUCACACUUGUAAUGGCCACACUUAUCUGGUUCCUACUGGAGAUCAUGGAGACUCGAUUUGUACCCUUUCUAUGUUCAAUCUUAUUACUCUUGAUGCUUCUUUUGUUCCUCUGGGUCAAGUUUGGACAACUAUUUUUCAUUAGGAGACCUCUCACUCCCCAAGAAAUCAAACUAGAAGAUUCCCCUGUUAGAGCCUUAUUUUCAAAGAUCGAAAGCCUUCUCUUGAUGCUUUACGAGAUUGCAUAUGGGGAAGACAUCAAAACCUUUCUCUCGGCCAUCCUUUAUGUGGCCAUCGUAGACACUGUUGGGAGCUACAUAAACCUCCUUACAAUUUUGUAUAUAUGCUUGGUCUGCGCGAUGACGAUUCCAGUUUUGUACCUGCAAUUUCAAGAGGUUAUUGACAAUUUCAUUAGGGAGGUAUCAGAAGAGAAGAACAAGUUACUUGAAGUACUCAAAUCUAAUGUUCUCAAUAAAAUUCCUAGGGCCACCAAGGAGGAAUAGUACAAGGUACCCUUUGGAUGAAUUUGGAGAUUAUGGAGCAAAUUGGAGCUUGAAGAAAAGUGAAGCCGAAAAGAUCAACUUGGUGUUGAACUAUGAAGAUGAUGUAGAUUGACACCAGCCUUGGUGUCGAUCAACACCCAUGCAUGUAGCAAAACGACUUGAUUUAUCAAGUUUUCAAGAAUUACAAAAAGGCCUAGAAGUUUUCAGUAUUACACAAGAAUCCAUGAACAUGUUUUACCUAUAUUAACUUAUCUUAAGCCAUUUUUUAGGAUACACUUUAAUUAUCUUAGAGAUAUUUUGUAAGGACAAGUCAAACCCCAUUCAAAUAAUUAUUUCGAACUCCUGUAUCUCUUACAAUUAUCUUAAUCCAAUUUAUUCAUAUUAUGAUUUAUGUUUCAUUGAUCAUGUCUUUGUAUACCACCAGUUAGAUUUAGGGUUUUCAAAGGAUUUAUAAAUUGCUAGAAUUAACUCAAUAUUCUUCAUCUUGAUUGUUCUUAGUGCUAUAUCUGGAUUGACAACCUAAAAUCUAGAUCAUAGGAUAAUUGAUAGAUGCGAUAGCAUUAUUGAUUGUCUGAAUUAAUCUUGAUGAACUGAAUAACUAUAUUGUUUAAAGAUUUAUUGAACUUAUCAAACCUGAUCUUAAUGCUUGUAUGAACUGAGUGAAUCUACAACAAAAAUUGAAUGAAUUGAUUGUUGUUGAGUUCUAGAACUUUCUUCUCUCGUUUUUCUAGUGAACAAACAUAGAGGAUUCAAGUGAUUGAAACACAUGUGAUAACAUAUAAAAGGUUUUACGAGCAUAUCCGAGUAGUAGAAUGGUGUUGGGACUAUGGAAACUGUCGAUCUCCAAAUUGAAUAGGUAGAGAAUUCUCUUACCCGUGAUUAUUUUCUAGUUGAUACUUCUCUCUAGUGGUGAAACGGGUAUCGACAAUUCGGUUGCUGCCAGUCCAGUCAUUUCCUAGAAUAAGGGUUAGUAUAGAGUAGAAUAUGUAAGUAUUUUCUAUAAGUAAAAAAAUUAUCAUUGUAAGAAAAAAGAAAAUUUUAGAAAAUUUAUAUUUCGGAGUGGAUGGAGUAUGAUCUUUUGGUAUUGAAAAACAUAUUAUGUAGAUGCAUAGUAGUUUCUUAAGCAAUUAAGUUAAUUUGUAAGGUUAUGGUCUUUUUAGCAUGUUACACAUGCAUGACAUGUUGAAAAGCUUAUAAAUGACAAUUUAGCAAAUGUUAGCAUUUACAUAGGGGUGUCAAAAUGUAUAAAUUUAAUAGAUCAAACUAACCCAAUCCAAACCAUGGAUUUUAAUAGAUAGAAAAUUGGGUAUAAAUCGAUUAAUAGAUAAAACGGGUUAAUGUAUCUGGUUUGGAUUGAAUAGAUAAUGAGUUAUUUAGAACGAAACCAAUAAAAUUCAUAACCAGCAUAAACAAUCAAAUAUAUAACCAAAAAAAUUACCAAACCAAAUUUCUAUCAAUUUCACUAAACCAAGCUUUAUCUUUUUUUUUUCCGACAAACAUUCCUUUAUAUUGAUGAACCAAUGUGAUCCUCAUAUUGAGGGGAAAUUGGUCUGAAAAAAACAUGACAAUCUUAGAUCAUUUCUAUGUGAAGAUUGGAAGGGCUUUGAUUUUUGAAACUUACCAUUUGGUCACACCGAAUGUGUUCCUACACGCCAAGCAUCUACAGCUAGAGGAGCAUCCAACUGUGGUCUUUAUUUUAACAUUUAGUGAUGGGUUAGAAAUAUAAUUGGAGUAUUCAUUUAAGUUAAAAGUAAUCUAGCGAAGGUGUUGGGUUAUUUGUAAAUCUGUAGCCUCUUUUGUCUCUUCCUGAAGUCUUCUAGUUGUUUCGACGAGGGUCCACAAGUAAGUCUUCGUGAGAUGGCUGGUCGUGACAGUCAUGACACCAACAAGGAGAACUGUAGUAACUGCCGCAACAACAGUACAUGUUCGGUUGAAGCAAAAUGGCAACAAGAACAUAACUUAGGAAUAAGAAGUGAAAAAACGAAAGAUUACUUACAGCUUCAAGCACUUAGAUUACAUGCACCGACAGUUGUUACAUUUCCCUUUUGUCUAUGUAAUCUCUUUCUCAGUGUUCUGGGUAACAACAAUACCAGAUUCUGCAACAAAUUCCAAUCUCUGCUAGCGUUUCUCUGACUUGAAUCCAAUCUGAACCAGCAUCCGGUUCCUUAGAUUGCAUUUUGAUCCAACUCUUCUUGUUUCAGAAGAAAUCAGCUGCCUCUUAGUUGGCGUGUUUUUGAAAAUGCUUGCCAGCUAGUUUCAUAAGUGAGGAUUAUUUGAGCAUAUAGAUCCGGAAUAUGAUCCAUAAAAAAAGAAAUAUAGCCACCAACCCAAAAACACCAAUGUCUUUGGCAUUAUAAAA